CGCCGGAGCUGCCGCCGCCGCCGCCGCCGCCUCAGCCGCCGCUGGACGAGGAGCAGCAGAACAUGGCGCCGGGGCCGCCGUCUCCGCUGCCGGGAUCCCGAAGGCCAGGGCCGCGCUGAGGGCGCCCAGCUGGAAGAAAUGUUGGUUAUUCGGCGAUGAGAAGUGGCAAAAACUGACCUCGUACUGGUAUACAAACACUAUGAGAUCUGACACUUUUGCUUCGUGGGCAGCCAGCCCCCACUGAUAAUGUGGGGAAGCCUUUGGGUCCACGGGAAAACACUAAUCUGAUCUUGGAAGUGGCAGAUUGUGGCAGGAUGUGUCGACGAUGAUGAUGGCAAGAAAGCAAGAUGUCCGCAUUCCCACCUACAACAUCAGCGUGGUGGGAUUGUCUGGGACGGAGAAGGAGAAGGGCCAGUGCGGCAUUGGGAAGUCCUGUUUGUGCAACCGCUUCGUGCGCCCGAGCGCAGACGAGUUUCAUUUGGACCAUACCUCUGUCCUUAGCACCAGUGACUUUGGUGGGCGAGUGGUCAAUAAUGACCACUUUCUGUACUGGGGAGAAGUUGGCCGUUCCCUGGAGGAUUGUGUGGAAUGUAAGAUGCACGUUGUGGAGCAGACCGAAUUCAUUGAUGAUCAGACUUUUCAGCCUCAUCGGAGCACGACCCUGCAGCCGUAUAUCAAGAGAGCCGCUGCAACCAAGCUUGCAUCAGCUGAAAAACUCAUGUACUUUUGCACUGACCAGCUGGGGCUGGAGCAGGACUUUGAGCAGAAGCAAAUGCCAGAUGGAAAGCUGCUGAUUGAUGGUUUUCUUCUUGGUAUUGAUGUUAGCAGGGGCAUGAAUAGGAACUUUGAUGACCAGCUCAAGUUCGUCUCUAAUCUCUACAAUCAGCUCGCAAAAACAAAAAAGCCCAUAGUGGUUGUCCUGACAAAGUGUGAUGAGGGUGUUGAGCGGUACAUUAGAGAUGCGCAUACUUUUGCCUUAAGCAAAAAGAACCUCCAGGUUGUGGAAACCUCAGCAAGAUCCAAUGUAAAUGUGGACUUAGCUUUCAGCACCUUAGUGCAACUCAUUGACAAGAGUCGGGGAAAGACAAAAAUCAUUCCGUACUUUGAAGCUCUCAAGCAGCAGAGCCAACAGAUAGCUACAGCAAAAGACAAAUAUGAGUGGCUGGUGAGUCGCAUUGUGAAAAACCACAACGAGAACUGGUUGAGCGUCAGCCGAAAGAUGCAGGCCUCUCCCGAGUACCAGGACUAUGUCUACCUGGAAGGGACUCAGAAAGCCAAGAAGCUGUUUCUCCAGCACAUCCAUCGCCUCAAGCAUGAGCACAUUGAGCGCAGGAGGAAGCUGUACCUGGCAGCCCUGCCCUUAGCUUUUGAAGCUCUUAUCCCCAACCUAGAUGAAAUAGACCACCUAAGCUGCAUAAAAGCCAAAAAGCUGCUGGAGACCAAGCCAGAAUUCUUGAAGUGGUUUGUUGUGCUUGAGGAGACGCCGUGGGAUGCCACCAGCCACAUUGACAACAUGGAGAAUGAGCGGAUUCCCUUUGACUUAAUGGACACCGUCCCCGCAGAGCAGCUGUACGAGGCCCACUUAGAGAAGCUACGGAACGAGAGGAAACGAGCUGAGAUGAGAAGGGCUUUUAAAGAAAACCUGGAGACCUCUCCUUUCAUCACUCCUGGCAAGCCUUGGGAAGAGGCCCGCAGUUUUAUUAUGAACGAAGAUUUCUACCAGUGGCUAGAGGAAUCUGUAUACAUGGAUAUUUAUGGCAAACACCAAAAGCAGAUUAUAGACAAAGCGAAGGAAGAGUUUCAGGAGCUGCUGCUGGAAUAUUCAGAGUUGUUUUAUGAGCUGGAGCUGGAUGCUAAGCCCAGCAAGGAGAAGAUGGGUGUCAUCCAGGAUGUGCUUGGGGAGGAACAGCGGUUUAAAGCGUUGCAGAAGCUCCAAGCAGAGCGGGAUGCCCUCAUUCUGAAGCACAUUCAUUUCGUGUACCACCCAACCAAGGAGACGUGUCCUAGCUGCCCCUCCUGUGUGGAUGCUAAGAUUGAGCACUUGGUUAGUUCUCGGUUUAUCCGACCAUCUGACCGGAAUCAGAAGAAUUCACUCUCUGACCCCAACAUUGAUAGAAUCAACUUGGUGAUCUUGGGCAAGGACGGCCUUGCCCGAGAGCUGGCCAAUGAGAUUCGAGCUCUUUGUACAAAUGAUGACAAGUAUGUAAUAGACGGAAAAAUGUAUGAGCUCUCCCUGAGGCCAAUAGAAGGGAACGUCAGGCUUCCCGUGAACUCUUUCCAAACACCAACGUUUCAGCCCCAUGGCUGUCUCUGCCUUUACAAUUCAAAGGAGUCUCUGUCGUAUGUGGUAGAAAGUAUAGAGAAGAGCAGAGAGUCCACACUUGGCCGGCGAGAUAAUCAUUUAGCCCAUCUCCCCCUCACUUUAAUUUUGGUUAACAAAAGAGGAGACACCAGUGGAGAGACCCUGCACAGCUUAAUACAGCAGGGUCAGCAGAUUGCUAGCAAACUGCAGUGCGUCUUUCUUGACCCUGCUUCCGCCGGCAUCGGUUAUGGGCGCAACAUCAACGAGAAGCAGAUCAGUCAGGUUUUGAAAGGUCUCCUGGACUCCAAGCGCAACUUAAACCUGGUCAGUUCUACCGCUAGCAUCAAAGACCUGGCUGACGUCGACCUGCGGAUCGUCAUGUGUCUGAUGUGUGGGGAUCCUUUUAGUGCAGACGACAUACUCUUUCCUGUCCUUCAGUCCCAAACCUGUAAGUCUUCCCACUGUGGAAGCAACAACUCUGUUUUACUUGAACUCCCAAUCGGACUACACAAGAAGCGCAUUGAACUGUCUAUUCUUUCAUACCAUUCCUCAUUUAGCAUCCGAAAAAGCCGAUUGGUCCAUGGGUACAUUGUUUUUUACUCAGCCAAACGUAAGGCCUCCUUGGCUAUGUUACGUGCCUUUCUCUGUGAAGUGCAGGAUAUUAUCCCUGUUCAGCUGGUUGCACUCACUGACGGCGCUAUAGAUGUCCUGGAUAAUGACUUAAGUCGGGAGCAGCUGACCGAGGGGGAGGAGAUCGCUCAAGAAAUUGAUGGGAGGUUCACGAGUAUCCCCUGUAGCCAACCCCAGCAUAAACUGGAGAUCUUCCACCCCUUUUUUAAAGAUGUGGUGGACAAAAAGAACAUCAUUGAGGCUACGCAUAUGUACGACAAUGCUGCCGAGGCCUGCAGCACCACCGAAGAGGUGUUUAACUCCCCCCGGGCAGGCUCCCCGCUCUGCAACUCCAACCUGCAGGACUCAGAGGAGGACAUCGAGACCCCGUCGUACAGCAUGUUUCGAGAAGACACACCAUUGCCCUCUCUAUCCAAAGACCAUUCCAAGCUCUCUAUGGAACUGGAGGGAAAUGAUGGGCUGUCCUUCAUCAUGAGCAACUUUGAGAGUAAACUGAACAACAAGGUGCCUCCGCCAGUCAGACCAAAGCCUCCUGUGCAUUUUGAGAUCACCAAGGGGGACCUGUCUUACCUGGACCAGGGCCACAGAGAUGCACAGAGGAAGUCCGUCUCGUCGAGCACCUGGCUACCUCCAGAUGGGUUCGAUCCUUCUGAUUAUGCUGAACCCAUGGACGCUGUGGUCAAGCCAAGGAAUGAAGAAGAAAACAUAUACUCGGUGCCCCACGACAGCACACAGGGCAAGAUCAUCACCAUUCGGAACAUCAACAAAGCCCAGUCCAACGGCAGCGGGAACGGUUCUGACAGCGAAAUGGACACCAGCUCCUUGGAGCGGGGCCGCAAGGCACCCACGGUGAGCAAGCCAGUGCUGUACAGGGCGAGGUGCAGCCGGCUGGGGAGGUUUGCCAGCUACCGAACCAGCUUCAGCGUGGGGAGCGACGACGAGCUGGGGCCCACCCGAAAGAAAGAGGAGGAUCAGGCAUCCCAGGGUUAUAAAGGAGACAACGCCGUCAUUCCAUAUGAGACCGACGAAGACCCGAGGAGGAGGAAUAUUCUUCGCAGUCUAAGAAGAAACACUAAGAAACCAAAGCCCAAACCCCGGCCAUCGAUCACAAAGGCAACCUGGGAGAGUAACUAUUUUGGGGUGCCCUUGACAACCGUGGUGACUCCGGAGAAGCCGAUUCCUGUGUUUAUCGAGCGAUGUAUCGAGUACAUUGAAGCCACAGGGCUGAGCACUGAAGGUAUCUACCGGGUCAGCGGGAACAAGUCAGAGAUGGAGAGUCUGCAGAGACAGUUUGAUCAAGAUCACAACCUGGAUUUGGCAGAGAAGGACUUCACGGUGAACACCGUGGCGGGGGCCAUGAAGAGCUUUUUCUCAGAACUGCCUGACCCCCUGGUCCCGUACAACAUGCAGAUCGACCUGGUGGAGGCCCACAAAAUCAAUGACCGGGAGCAGAAGUUACACGCCCUUAAGGAGGUACUCAAGAAGUUUCCAAAAGAGAACCAUGAAGUCUUCAAAUACGUCAUCUCUCACCUGAACAAAGUCAGCCACAACAACAAGGUGAACCUCAUGACCAGUGAGAACCUGUCCAUCUGCUUCUGGCCCACCCUGAUGAGGCCGGACUUCAGCACCAUGGACGCCCUCACAGCCACGCGCACCUACCAGACAAUCAUCGAGCUCUUCAUCCAGCAGUGCCCCUUCUUCUUCCACAACCGGCCCAUCAGCGAGCCCCCUGGUGCCACGCCCAGCUCCCCCUCUGCCCUGGCCUCCACCGUGCCCUUCCUCACCUCCACGCCCGUCACAAGUCAGCCAUCGCCGCCCCAGUCGCCUCCACCCACCCCCCAGUCCCCAAUGCAGCCGCUGCUCCCCUCCCAACUUCAAGCUGAACACACGCUGUGAGCCCCCGAGGCCUCGGGCUGAAGGAGACGAGGUCUUCUCUCUUGACGGGGUGGCACUGGGCCUUGAACAGAACCAGGCCUGCUGGGCGGGGCAGGGCGGGGAGGGUCCCCUCUCCUCUCUCCUUCUCCAGCCCGCAGCACUAGCAGCCGUCAACAGAAGGCGCAGGCUGGGCUGGCCGGUGCCCUGAGCCCAGCACUGCAGACCUGAGGUUGGCCGCAGGCCGUGGCGGGAGCCCUGCCCUGUGGCAUGAACCCUUUUGUGGACUGAACGAGGCAGGCAGGGGCCCUCCACACCCUCACUACUCCCUGGACCCUCCCCACCAUCUGUGCACACCAGCCUCAGGGCCGCCGCCCGCUGGGCAGAGCCUGGCGCCGGCCGAGAGGAGAAGAUCCUGAGGUCCGGCUGCCCCAGGGCAGGGCCAGCAGCCCCUCACGAGGACAUGUCCCUCUGCUGCGCUCAGCGCUCCCCACCCUUGGGGGGUGCGGCCUGCCCGGCAGCCUCCUUGGGAACAUGUAGGCUGGCUCUGCCACCCUAAGGUACAGUCCCAUCUGAGGGCGUUGGCCCGGCAGGUCAGGACAGGGAGGGCCGCUCCGCCUGGACCAGGGAGCGUGGGCAGCAUCCGCCCCCAUGCACCCCGCCCCACUUCACAGGCUUCGGGGGUCCAUUCUCUUUAAAACAAAGGAACACUGGAAGAAAAAUGGAAAGACAUCCCUCCCCCAAUAAUUUUUAAAAAGGAAGAAAACUACAGACCUCAAGAUGAAGCUCUCUCCCCACCUCUGCCAAGAGGCACACAGUGGAGGGCAACCUGUCUGUGACAGCAAGACCAGGGUGCCCAGGGGUGGCAGCCUGAGAGCCUGUUGGGGUCCCACUUAUGUCCUGUCACUAGACCCCCCUCCCCCGCCCCAGGUGUACAGCUCGAGCCCCUUGGCAGAAAGAGCUGGGGGCCCGCCCGGCACCUGUCUGCCUUGGAGCCCUGCGGUGCUGCGGGGACACUGCCCUGCGUGCGCGAGGAGGGGGUGGGGUGGCGGGAGGUGCCUGCAGGCACGUGGGGGUUGGUUCCGUGUGUUUGGUGUUGAAGUAGAAUCAUUUUCCUCCUGGGCCAGCAGGGCUGUCCAUGGGAAGUGAGCCGUGUCAGGGGACUCCGGGGGUGUGACGGCUGCCGGUGCAGGCAGGGCCGGCCUUCCUGCUCCCCGGCCGUCAGCGCCCAGAGGAGCUGCCAGUACAGAGGCGGUCAGUCAGGACGAGGCGGCGUGCCUGCCCAUCACCAUCCUCCAUGGCCUCCCCCGCCCUUCCUGGCCUUUCCACUGGCCCCUGGGAGAAGCUUCCUUAUCGUGCCCCCCUUUGCCCCAACCCACCCAAAAACAGCGACCCUGCUAAGGCUGCUACAGAUACGGCUGCCCCCAUCCUGUGGCUGGGCCAUGCCUCCACAGUGGAGAAGCCUGACUAAGGUACCCUGGGCAUGGGGGCGCAGGGUGGAGGCCCGCCCGCCGCACAGUCCUCCGGGGGUCUCUUUGCACUUUAAGAAGCAGCACCUGUGGUAUGUUCGAGGGCGCCUGACAAAGUGAGAGAUGCCUCAGAACAGUCUUGGCCACCCCUGGCCCCAGACACUUCCCACUGGCUGUUGGAGGGCGGGCCAGGCCCUGUGCUCACCGACUCUUCCUCUGGAUAAGCUGGAUGUCGCACUGUCUCUAGUUCUUGUACGGCAAAAUAAGGUGCUUGGAAAAACUACAUGUCCCCUGUGCGUUUUACCGCCUCCUUAAGGACACAAGUCAGAAAACCUAAGGUACAUGAACGUCUUAUGUAAAUGUUGGAUGCCAGAUCUUCUCUUCCUGGCAGAUCUGUGUCUGAUGCUUUCUCGCUCGGGGCUUGGCUGGAGGGGGACGUUGCUUAGUUUUGACUUGAGGUCAGCAGACUCCUGCUUCUCUAGCCCUGCAGCUGCCCCAGUGCUGAGUCCCAGGCAGGUGUCCACGUUACUCCAUUGACUAAUCUCAGCCUUUUCCUAGGUCAUGCUCGCUUAUUCCCAGGCAGCCCGUCAAGGUAUUGGGUGGGGGUGGAAGGGAAGCCUUGAGAGUGGCCUGGGACCACUGUCCCGUGUGUCAGCUAAAGCAGAAGAGGCCUGCUUCCCUCCCACGGCCCAGUCUACGCUGCCACCUCUGUGUUGGCACCCUGGACCACACCACCACCUGCAACCUUGGCUCCGCACCAGGAACUUCACAAACCCCCAACUGUCCUGCCUUCCCACACCACCCCCUCCCUGAGACUGCAGUUCUCUAAGUGGUAGGUGACUUUUCUGGAAGAAGAAAGGGCACAGUAAGGGUGGACACCUGUGCUUUGCACCCUUAACCCUUGUGGGAGUAGUGGAGACCAGGCUUCCACGGCUCCACGGGGUUGCCUCUGGUCCCACAGCGCCCCCUGCUAGCCAGCCUGGGCGGCUGCAGGGGCCCCUCAGGCCUGCACCCAGAAUCCUGCCAGGGCUUUAAGCGCAGGUGGGGACUGGUGGCUCGUUCCCCAGAGAGCCACAAUUGAACAGGUAGUUCCAGGGGUUCCUCUCUGUUUGCUUUGGUAACUUCUCAUUUUCUGCUUCUCAGGCUGGCUUGGGCUUGGAGGACAUUUCUCGAUCGUUGCGAGUUGGCAUUCCCACCAGCGGCAGUGCUAGUUGGGGGGCAGGGAGUGGUUGGUAUUUGGACCAAAUGGGCACUCGGAGGGGGACCCAUGAAGGAGAGUGGGUGUGUCCGGGGGCAGGCCGACCUUAACUGGAACUCUGCCCACCCCACCCAUUUAUCUAGUGUGCUAAGCUCUAGAAAGUUCUCUCUCAGGUCAUUCUCAUGUGAGUGGCACCACAACUCUAGGAAUUGAGGGAGGGGCGGAUGUUAAUUAGCCUUGGCCAAAAUGGGAAAGCCUGUUGGUGGAGUUACAGGACUUGUUCGCUGCCCCGCAGGGAAACAGUGGGGGCGCCUGGAAGCUCUUCCCCGUCCAGUGUUCUUUAGAUCCUGAAGGUGCAGACCCCGAGGCCAGAAGUAAACAACCCUGACUGAGUGUUCGGCUGGCUCUGGAGGGCGGCUUCACAGAAGGACGUGACCCAGGGUUGGGCCGCGGCUUGUGAGUUUGCCGUCAGUUCUUGGCUGUGUCGCAUGUGGUUAUCACAGUGCAUUCGUCCCUGCAUUCUGUGAGUUCUUCCCAACACUUGACCUUUCAAGGAGGAAUGCUAAAAUGCUGAUUCCCCGGUUUUCCUCCAGGCUGAACGCGUGCUGCAGGUGAGGUUCUUCUAGUAGGCUGUAUCUUGGCCAGGGUGGGCAGAGGGUGACCUCCUCGGACCAGCACGCUGGCCAGAAGGGGCUGGAGAGCACGCCUCGGCUCGUCCCUAUGCCUCAGUUGCCUGUGGAGGGGGCGGCCCUGGCGGGCUGCCUGUCCCCAGGCCGGGAGGUCAAGCCAGGUCGCUGCAGCACUUGUGACCCGAGCUCGCCUCCACCCACGCCCUCCCCCGUCCCCUCCUGCAAGGAGAUCCACACGCCUGGGGGCUGUCUCAGGUGUCGGCUCUCUUCUGCUCGGCCAGUGGCUGCCUUCCCAGGAGGAGGAGGCUCCAGGGACUUGGGCUGGCCGCUGGGGACAGCCAUGGCACUCACCCCCAGGGCCUCCAGCUCCCGCAGACGGUGGACGCAGGUCUUGCCCUCCUGUUGCUUGGCAGGUUCAAGCCACGCGUUCAUGCUUAGGUAAAAGGACGACCCGUGUGUGCUGGAAACCUAGGUCACGUCUGCUGGUGGUCCCAUGGCAGAAGGCCUGGGGCGGGGAGGGGCCUGCACCGUGUCCUGUCAUCUCCCAGAGCCGUCUUUCCACCGGCUGCUGGCUGCGGACUCCUCGAGGCUCCGAGGUGACUGCCCGCGCCUCCUGCCCAAGAGCCUGCCUCGGCCAGCUCCAACAGCAGUGAUGUUACACCUCAGUGUAGUCGAGACAGGGCGUAAAUUAUUGUUUGCAUUAAGAAGAAUCAUGUUCCCUGUGUACAUUAAAAAAAAAAGUCUGAAUUGUAUGGGAAUAAAACUUGUUUGAAAAUUUGGAAUAGUGCUGCUGCCAGCUUAUUUUUCUGGUACUUGUAUUUUCACAUGUUAAAUGAUCUUUAUAUAUGUUGGAUUAACAAAUAUUUUGAGUUUCUUGAGGGUGGGGAGGGGAACAUUAAUGGUAUUGAAAUGUGUUAGUAGUCUGGCUGUAUGCCCCAAAUUCUGUUUCGCAGCAAAAGUGGAGAACUGUAUGUAAAGAAAGUAUAACAAUUAUUUCUCUGUAUUUUAGGGGCUUUAACCAGGACAUCCUCUAGUUGGCGUUAGGAAUGUUUGCUUAAUUUCCAGACUUUUUUUUUUAAACACAUCGUGGGUUUUUUGAGGCUCCAACCUGAUUAGUGCAUGGUCAGCCGUCAACAGAGGCUGAGCAUCUCCAACUGAGGUGUUCUCCAUCUGGCUUUGUUUCUUAAAAUCAUGUAUUUGCUACAAAGUAUUGUACUUGUCUCAAUGGGAAUGGUGUACAAAACUGAAAAGGCCUUACGUGAUAUGUAUCAUAGUUAAUAAAUCAAUCUUGUAAAAAACCAAA